AUGGACCUACUGGGUUACCUCCUACCCGUCGAUCUCAGUGCCAUUGACGACCACGUUUUCGAACUCCACGUGACACACCGCCCUCCAGACGCCCAGACCCUCGGCUACGUAGACAAAUCGACAGACAAACUACACCUCUCUUUGGCUAAUGGAGAUGAGGUAACCAUCCAGCAAAGCCGAUCGUCACUUUCAGGACAGGCGCUGAGUACAGGCUUUGUGUGCUGGCAGCUGGCAAGGUACUUGGUGGACUGGCUUUUGGACGAAAGUUGUCCGAUUUCUGGAUUUUUCAGAACCCCAGAUACCAAGGUGCUAGAACUAGGCGCUGGAGUCAGUGCGUUGUUGGCAGCCGUGCUUGGGCCAAAGUGCAAAAAAUACGUCGCCACCGACCAAAAACCAAUACUCAAGCUUAUGAGGCUGAAUUUCGAGGAAAAUGUGGUUUCCAGACGCUGGACCUCCAGAACGCUAGAAUGGCUGCAAACUGGGAAAGCGAGCGAUACCACCAUCGACAUUGUGGAGCUCGACUGGGAGAAACACGACCUCCAUGAGGUUUUCGAUAUUUUGGACGGAUAUCCGGAUUUGGUGAUCGCCACAGACACAAUUUACAACGAGUACCUUGUGCCGUUUUUUGUAGAGACGCUAGCAGCACUGAUGGGUCCUGCCUCCAAGGCCCUAGUAACUGUUCAGUUGCGAGAUGAGAGUAUCACCACUAGGUUUGUGGAGCAGUUGGCAGCACACAACCUCAGCGUGUACACCAUUGAGGACCAAUACCUCCCGAGAGCCUUGUUGGCCGGCUUUGCCGUGUACUAUAUCACCAAAUAA